AUGGCAUUUGGUCCAUCAUGGCGCACUGCAGUGGCGCUCUCGAUGGCUACUCUUGCUCAUCUGGCAACUGCGGAUAUUUGCUCGGUGAUCAAGCAACAGGGCACCGAAAUUGAAAAGCCACUGACUCUCGCCUACAAUGCCGAGUUGACAAAGUACUGGUCCGCUGCUUGUGGAGACCUUCGGCCAUCAUGUAUUGCUGCUCCUUCGAGUGCCCUUGAGAUGUCGGCUAUUGUGAAGCAGCUGCAUAACUUUGACGACCUUUUUGCGGUGAAGUCGGGUGGUCAUAUGCCCAAUAAUGGCUUCGCGAGUGUCCAGGAUGGACUUCUCAUCUCCACCAAGAAUCUUGACCAGGUGAUCUAUAAUCCCGAAGAUCAAACUGCAAUCAUUGGUCCUGGUUUGUCGUGGGAGGAUGCUCAGAAGGGUCUAGAUGGCACUGGCCGAACCAUUGUUGGUGGGCGUCUUGGUGGUGUCGGCGUCGGCGGCUAUAUGCUUGGAGGCGGAUUGAGCUUCCUGAGCUCCCAGUAUGGCUGGGCCGCUAACAACGUGGUGAACUUUGAGGUUGUCCUUGCCAAUGGGACGGUUGUUAACGCCAAUGCGAAGGAAAACACUGAUCUUUUUGCGGCUCUCAAGGGAGGUGGCAACAACUUUGGCAUCGUCACCGCAUAUACACUCCAAACACAUCCUCAAGAUCACAAGGUUUGGGGAGGAAACUAUGUCUUUACUGCCGACCAGACCCCCCAGGUCCUCAGCGCUGUACGCGAUUUCACUGAGAAUUAUCCUGAUGACAAGGCUGCCAUUAUCGUGACCGUUGAGAAGGGCUUGCUGAUCCACACGUGGAUCAUGUUCCUUUUCUAUGAUGGACCUGAGCCACCAGAAGGGGUCUUUACCAACUUCACUGCCAUUCCUCAUACCAGCACCACCAAGACCUGGGAUAGCUAUUAUGACCUGCUCAAACACAACGAUCUCUUCAUUCUGCAUGGCCAACGGUACACCAUCGCUACGGAGACCACUCCCCUGCCGAAUAAGACAGUCGGCGCAGAAGUCAUGCAGGGCUACUACGAUCACUGGCUCGAUGUAGCCAAGUCCGUUCUGGAUGUGACCGGCGUGAUUGCGUCUCUUGCAUUCCAGCCGAUGCCGCGCACGAUCACUAGCAAGGCCAAAGCCCUGGGAGGAGAUCUUCUUGACUUCCCGACCGAUCAAGACUACAUUAUCAUCGAGCUGGAUUACUCCUACGCUUUUGCCAUCGAUGACAACAAGAUUGAUGCUGCCGUUCAGCGUCUCUAUGGUGGUUUCGACAAUAUCAUCAGCGCCAACAUUGACAAGGGACUUUUGCCUGAUGUAUACCGGCCCCUGUUCAUGAACGACGCGUACUUCCGCCAGGACUACUGGGGUCGCAUCCGCACCAAGGAACAGGCGCUGCAGACCAGACUCAAAUAUGACCCUGAUGGGUUUUUCCAAAAGAGAACAAGCGGGGGAUUCAGGCUUCGCUAG